ACCGUUUUAGAAUAUUACACCAUGGAUGAACUUGAUUGCUCUAGACAGACACCGGACAAAAAGGAUGUUGUGAGAAUCGAAAAGGAGGGAGAGAAGGAAUGGGUACCUAAACGGUUCAUGACGCGGUCCUUGCGAGAAGCAUUCCGCCUCUACAAGCAAGCUCACCCUGCCUCCCAGGUUGGCCUCACAAAAUUCAUAUCCUUGCGUCCUAAGUGGGUGAAAUGCUCGCCAGAGUGGCAAGUGUGUGUUUGCGUGUGCUGUGCAAACUUUCAGUUGUGCCUCGUGGGACUGCAGAACGCCUCCCGAAGGUCGCUUUCUCCCGAUGAUAUGCAGAGUCUCUGCGUAUGCCAGGAACCUACUGCGUCAUGUUUCCUCAGGAAUUGUGUGCACUGUCCACAAGAUGGCAUUUUCACUUUGGAAAAUUUUGAUAUAAGCAGCGAGGACGAGGUGUUGAUUGCUCUAUGGGAAUACGGUGAGCUAGUUAAAAAAACUCUGACCGCUUCAUCAUUUAUGAGAGAAUUUCUAAGAAUGACCAUGAAAUGGAUUCCCCACAACUAUAUCAGAUCUGUGCAAGCAAAAGCAAUACAUGAAGAAAAACAGAGCUGCGAGAGAGGUGCAAUUGUUUUGCAUUUUGAUUUCGCCGAAAACUGGACAGUUGUGCUUCCAGACGCAGUACAAGCGUACCAUUGGCAGAAAAAGCAGGUCACCGUGUUUACCUGCGUUGUCACGUCAAGAAAAUCGACUCGGAACUACGCCGUUAUUUCCGACGAUAUGUAUCAUGAUUCAGCUCAUGCAUGUUUAUAUAGCUGUUAUGCUGUUAUAGCUGUUAGCUGUUAUGAGCUUGUUUGUUUGAUGAGGGAGAGAGCAUGUUUGGCUCUGUCAAAAAUCAAAGCACACCUGGAAGACAACGCGCCAAUCUACACCAAGAUAACACAUGUGAGCGACAGGGCUCCCGCUCACUUCAAGAAUAAAUAUCAGUUUCAUGAGCUACAACGCAGUGAAUGUCAAGAGACUAAAUGGAUGUUUUCGGCCACUGGACACGGCAAAAAUGCUUGCGACGGCGUUGGUGGGCUUGUGAAACAUCGAGCAUCACACCACAACUUGCGGAAGCCUGCAAGUGAGGCCAUACAAACAGCCAGCGGCUUCGUGGACGCAAUUCAAGGAACGCUAAAGAACAUCACCGUUCUGGAGCUCCCACAGAGGGAGCUUGCAGACUUUCGCGAAAUGAAGAAGGAAGAAUGGAAAACGGCAAAGAAAGUGCCUGGAGUUCAGACACUCCACAUGUGGAACUACGUUAAAUCAAAUGAAGGCAGUGCAUCCUAUUGGCAUCCACCGCUGCUUCGGAAUGGAAGAGACUGUGAUCUGGUUUGUACUUCGGGCUGGACAAUGUAAUGUGUGCAUACCGAAGUCAACUGCUGCCGUUUAUUGUUACGAUUUUCUGAAUUGCAAUCUGCACAUAAAGCGGCAUGCCAUUUGUAAAUUGUG